CGAACGCGCUCGCGAUGUCUAGGCGUGGCGUGGACGGAGGAGGAACAUAAAAACUUUUUGAUUGGGUUGCAAAAGCUCGGGAAAGGAGAUUGGCGCGGGAUCUCGCGACAUUUCGUGACGACGAGGACGCCGACGCAGGUGGCGUCGCACGCGCAAAAAUACUUCAUCAGACAAACCAACGUGAGCAAGCGUAAGCGACGCUCGAGCUUGUUUGACAUCAUCUCCACGCCG